AUGACCACGCCUCAACCUGGCCGCCACCAUCUAUCAUCCCAGUCUUGCAAGGCUUCAGACCUGACUCUUCAGUCGUUGCCUGUUGGGGUUGAGGGUGAACAUGGACAUGAACAUGAGGAUUUCAAUAUCGAUAACAACGACUAUGCCGAUGUAAUCCCGCCGCAUCCUCUGGGUGUCAAACCCUCAGGCAAUGCCCUGACUGUCACUCAUAACAUCCGCCAUUCUAUGGGCAACCUGGCAGUCCUUUCUGACGAACUGAUCAUCCUGCUGCUGGAGUGCCUGGAUAGCUCCUCGUUGUUGCGUCUGGGUGCAACGUGUAAGGCACUGUAUGCGUUUACGAGGGCCGAGGAGUUGUGGAAGGGGCUUUUUAUUGACAACCCCCCUAAAUCCUUCACAUGGCGCGGCACCUGGCACGCAACUUACCUAAACCUCCCCGCGCACCUAAUCGCCUCCCCCGACUGCUCCCAUCUAUACUCCGACACCCUACACCGGCCCUUCUACUGCGCCCACAUCUCCCUAAAACCCUACGUGACCAACAUACCCACCCGUAACCAAAUCCCCCGUCUGUCCAACCUCUCCCUACAAUCCUUCCAAGAAUCCUGGACGAAUAAGCCCUUCAUCCUAACCGAGCCCGUGAAGCAAUGGCCCGUGUACAAAGAAUGGUCAAUCGAGAGACUACUAGAGCGAUACGGCGACGUCAUAUUCCGUGCUGAAGCGGUCGAUUGGUCGUUGAGGAACUACGUGGAGUACAUGAGGAAUAACACAGAUGAGAGCCCGCUGUAUCUUUUUGAUCGCAGCUUCGUGGAGAAGAUGGAAUUACAUAUGUCUAUGCCUCCCACCAGCACCAGCAUCAGCACCAACGGCACAACAAACGCAGAUGCAAAUGUAAAUACAACCCAUGCCCAGCAACCAGCCUACACCCCCCCACCCCCUUUCACCGAAGACCUCUUCACCCAUCUAGGCCCACACCGCCCAGACAACCGCUGGCUAAUCAUCGGCCCUCCGCGCAGCGGCAGCACCUUUCACAAAGACCCCAACGCAACCAGUGCCUGGAACGCAGUGUUGCGGGGCGCAAAGUACUGGAUUAUGUUCCCCAGCACCGCUGAAGCGACAUCAGCUGGUAAUUGCAGUAAUAGCAACAAUAACAGUUUGUCGCCGAUGGUGCCGCCACCGCCUGGCGUGUAUGUAUCUGAGGAUCAGAGCGAGGUGACGAGCCCGCUGAGCAUUGCGGAAUGGUUGAUGAAUUUCCAUGAGGAGGCGAGGAAGGUGAGGGGCUGUGUUGAGGGGGUUUGUGGGGCUGGUGAGGUGUUGCAUGUUCCAUCUGGUUGGUGGCAUUUGGUUGUUAAUAUUCCGGUUUCUAAUGAUGGUGGUGAUGGUGGGUGUUGUAUAGCUAUUACGCAGAAUUUCGUGCCGAGGGGAAGGCUUGCGGAUGUCUUGGGAUUUUUGAAAGGGAAGAGGGAGCAGGUUUCUGGGUUUAGAAAGGGGUUUGAGGAUCCGUUUGGGUUAUUUGUGGAGAGGUUGAGGGGGCUUGAUGGAUAUGGGGAUUUGGUGGAGGGGGCAUUGAGGGAGGUGGAGAGGAGGUUGGAGGGGAAGAAGGGGAAGAGAAAGUGGGAUGAGGUUGUUAGAGGGACCGGGACGAGGUGUGAGGAUGGUGGUGGUGAUAGCAUAGGUGGUGAGGAAGGUGGAGGAGGUGGGUUUAGUUUUGGGUUUGGGGAUGAUGGAAGUGAUGUUGAUGUUCCUUGA